AUGCCCAUGAAAUCCGGAUAUCAUCAUGGUUUACAAAAUGGAAGUGUUGCAGAUUGUUUUGGAAUAACUAAAGAUCCUACUUCGAAUUACAUGUUUGUUAUGAGAUAUUACAAGAACAAUGAUUUACAUUCAUAUCUAGAGGAAGUACAUGGAAUACUUUCUUGGAGAGAUAUUGUUGAGAUGCUUUGGGAAAUAAGUGGAGGAAUUAAACAUAUUCAUGAAUGUGAAUUGAUUCAUGGAAAUCUUCAUGGAGGUAAUCUAUUAGUUGAGAAUGAACUAGAUUCAAUUGACACUCACAUUUCUGAUGUGGGAUUACAUGGUCCAAUUGACAAGAAAAUUUCAAAUGAUAUAUAUGGAGUUCUUCCUUAUGUAGCUCCUGAAAUCUUGAAAGGUAAUCCACCAAUGAAAGCCUCAGACAUUUUUGGUUUUGGAAUUAUCAUGUGGACGCUUUCUGCGGGUAUUCGUCCAUGGUGUAACAGACCACAUGAUCUUGAAUUGGCUACUGAAAUUUGCUUUGGACUUCGUCCUGAAAUUAUUGAUGGAACGCCAAAUGCUUACAUUCAACUAAUGACAAGAUGUUGGCAUCCUGAUCCGUUAAAACGUCCUACGGCAUCAGAAUUGUAUGAUUUAUUAGGAAGUUGGGUAAUUUCUAUCUGCGAUGAUCCAAAUCCGUCGAAAAUAUCUCAUCAAUUUGAUGUUGCUGAAGAGAAAAAAUUUUUAUAUUCGGAACAAAAUCAAUUUCAUCAGCAAACCCAUCCGCAAGCUUUUUAUACGAGUAGGCACUUGUACUUUCCUGAAUUAAUUGAUAUGUUUAAUUCUAACUGA